GCUGCCCGGCUCGCUGCGGGAGCGGCCGGCGGCAGGAGGGGCCCGGCGGCCGAUGCGUGCGCGGGGAGGGGGCUGUCGUCAAUCACAAAGAACAAUGGACUGCUCAACAUCACCUUUAAAUAUGACAACUGCACUCCUUACCUGAGUUCAGUGGGCAGACACAUGAUUGGAGAUGUGCAGAACAUCACUAUCAGUCAGUUUGCAUGCCAGGAGCAGGUGGCUGUGAUGAUCCUUUGGACAGCAAAUGCCAUUGGGAUUGAAUACCUGAAGGGAUUUCGAGUAAUACUUGAGGAGUUAAAGUCAGAGGGAAGACAAUGCCAGCAGAUGGUUUUAAAAGAUCCAAAGCAGCUCAGCCCCAGUUUUAAAAGAACAGGAAUGGAAUCCCAGCCCUUUGUAAACUUGAAGUUUGAAACAGAUUACUUUGUAAAGAUUGUUCCUUUUCCUUCCAUUAAAAAUGAAAGUAAUUAUCACCCAUUUUUCUUCAGAACUAGAUCAUGUGAAUUGUUGCUACAGCCAGAAAACCUUGUCUGCAAACCUUACUGGAAGCCAAGGAAUGUGAAUGUUACCCAGCAAGGUUUUAACAUGCAAGUGUCCUUUGAUCAUGCCCCUCACAACUUUGGGUUUAGGUCCUACUUUCUUCACUACAAACUGAAGCAUGAAGGACUGUUUAAGCAAAAGACCUGCAGACAGGAGCAGAACACAGACACUACAAGCUGUGUUCUUCAGAAUGUGUCUCCAGGGGAUUAUAUCAUUGAGCUGGUUGAUGACACUAAUACAACAAGGAAAACGAUGCACUAUGCACUAAAACCAGUGCACUCCCCCUGGGCUGGCCCCAUCAGAGCCAUUGCCAUCACAGUGCCCUUGGUUGUCAUCUCUGCCUUUGCCACGCUCUUCACCGUCAUGUGCCGCAAGAAGCAGCAAGAAAAUAUAUAUUCCCAUCUGGAUGAGGAGAGCUCAGAAUCUUCAGCAUAUGCCGCAGGUCUCCAUGUGGAAAGGCUUCGGCCCCGGCCAAAAGUGUUCAUCUGCUACUCCAGCAAGGACUGCCAGAAACACAUUAAUGUCAUCCAGUGCUUUGCUUAUUUUCUGCAGGACUUCUGUGGCUGUGAGGUGGCUUUAGAUUUGUGGGAAGAUCUGAAAAGCUGUAAAGAAGAUCAGAAGGAGUGGCUUAUUAAAAAAAUAAACGAGUCACAGUUUAUCAUCAUUGUGUGUUCCAAAGGGAUGAAAUACUUUGUUGAAAAAAAGAACUGGAAGCACAGAGGAGUAGCCAGAGAUGCAGGAAAAGGAGAACCCUUUCUCUUUGCUGUGCUGACAGUGGCAGAGAAGCUUCGUCAGGCCAAGCAGAACUCAGCUGACCUCUGCAAGUUCAUUGCAGUUUAUUUUGAUUACUCCUGUGAGGGAGACAUCCCUGCUAUUCUGGAUCUGAGCACAAAAUACAAACUCAUGGACAAUCUCCCCCAGCUCUAUUCACACUUACACUCCAGGGAUCUCAGUGUGCAGGAUUCAGAGGGGUUUCCUGUUAACAUCAGUAAAAGGAAUUAUUUCAGGAGCAAAUCUGGGAGGUCCCUUUAUGUUGCUAUUUGCAACAUGCAUCAGUUCAUUGAUCAGGAACCAGAUUGGUUUGAGAAACAAUUCAUUCCCUUCCCUCCACCUUCUUUACACUACUCGGAGCCUGUCAUGGAAAAAUUUGAUUCAGGCUUGGUUUUAAAUGACUUGGUGAAUAAACAGGUGAUGGAUGGUGAUUUUUACCUGAAAACAGAUCUAAACAUUUCAGUGGGGAAUUCAGACUCUCACUGUAUCAUUCAGCACUUAAACCUUGGAGAAGAUAUAGAAACUCAGGACAUUCAAGGGGGUGGCAGCUCUGUCCUUCAGCCAUUGCUACAUGUUGUUAAAGCUUCAAACCUGAAAGACAUGCCUCGAGAUUCUGGGAUCUAUGAUUCAUCUGUCCCUUCAUCUGAAUUAUCUCUACCUUUAAUGGAAGGACUAUUGACAGACCAAAUGGAAACAUCUUCCAUUACAGGAAGUGUUUCUUCAUCAUCAGGUUUAGGGGAAGAAGAACCUCCUGUAAUGACUGCUACAAAGUUCUUAGUGCCUGGAAUAUGUAAAGCAGAACUUCAUUGCCACAUCCACUCUGAUGAACUGCAGGCAAUUGCUCCUUUAUAAUACAUGACAACAUUGUUAUGCAUUGCCACUUUAUCAACAGCCUCUGUUUGUGCUUUAACUACCACACUGUCUCAGCACCAAAUCUACUUGAAGGAACCAACUGCCCCUGAAGAAGAUCUGUUAUUCCAUUUUUUGUGGCCAGUAAACUUGAAUCUGUUGGUAUUUUUAUAAAAACUCUUUCAUGAUUUGAAAAAUGUAGCAUGGAAAACCAGAAGAGCAUACAUUUAAAAUAAUUCCCGUUAUAAUUUAAAUGUCAUUAUAUUACACUGUUUACAGAUGCUAUAAUCAAAAUUUACUAUUUUUUCCUAGGAAUAACUUUGCAACUGGACAUAAAAUAGCUUGGAACAUUAAGCCUUAGUAAAUUUUGUAGUCCAGCCUCUAGUUUUAAGUGCUGAUGUACUUGAUGGCAGGAGUGUUGUAGUGAAUGAGAACAGGAUUUUUUUCAGAAGCAAGAUAAAAUGCCAAAGGUGACAUCAAGAAAUCCUCCACCAGAAGAAAUAAUUUUCUUUUCAAAAUGUUUGAGCUCUCUUCCUCAGCCUCCUUCUCCCAGAUGCUAAUGUGUGUCAGUAUUUCAUUCCAGUGCCUGUCUCCCUCCCUUGCACUGAUCUCCUGUGUCUCCUCUGCAGUCUGGCUGUGGUGACUCACACACAGCCCCAUUCUGAGGCUCAGCAUCAUUCUGUAAUAGACAGAAAUACAGGUCCUCAUGUUCUGAAUGAUACCAUGGAAACAAAGCUUCCUGUUUCUUCCUGAAGGGCUGAUGUAAAGAAUAAAGAGAUGGGAGAAGGAAGACCAUAUCUUAUAUUGAAGAUAUUCUAGGU